AUGGCGUCGAUGGAGACGGGGGACGGCUAUAGGGGACGAGGCAGGGGACGCGGAGGCGGCAGGGGCGGCUACCAGCGCGAUGAUGGCUGGUAUGGGGGCGGCGGCGGCGGCGGCGGCAGAGGCGGAAGAAGCAACUACAACAGCGGCGGCGGCGGCGGCAGAGCCCCUUACAGCAGCUACAGCGACGGGGGGUACUACGACGGCGGCGGCGGGCGUGCACGAGGAGGCGCCGCCGGCGGGCGCGACGGACCCUCGGACAGGCAGGCUGCGGCGCAGCGGGAGCCGGCACCAAACGACCUGGAAUUCGUGGCGGAGCUCAAGGGGCACACCCGGAAGGUCACCAGCGUGCUCAUGGAUGAGGCCACCGGCCAGCUGUUCACAGGCAGCCACGACGGCACCGUGCGCGUGUGGAGCUGCACCACCGGCCAGUGCACCAGCACGGUGCAGGUUGGCGGCGAGGUGGCGUGCAUGCUGGUGUUUGCCGGGUUCCUGUUUGUGGGGAUCAAGACCAAGGCGGGGGCGGGGCAGGUCAAGGCGUGGAACAUGGCCACCAACCAGGAGUACCUGAUGGAGGGGCACGUGGGCGCGGUGCAGGCGCUGGCGGCGGCGGGGGACAUGCUGUUCAGCGCGGGGCAGGACGCGUCGCUGCGGGUGUGGAAGCUGGACGCCGCCAGCAACCAGUGGCAGUGUGUGGCGGUGCUGAAAGUAGAGCAGGGCGGGCACCGAGCACCCAUCAGCUGCCUCUGGGCCUCCCACCCCUUCCUCUUCUCAGCUGACUACCUGGGCACGCUCAAGGUGUGGGACUUGACUACAGGGACGGUGCGGCAGACGGUGGACAAGGCGCACAGCGGCAGCGAUGUUCCCUGCAUCACCGACUUGACAGUCUGGGAGGGACACAUCGUCAGCGCCAGCCUGGAUGGCCUGAUCAAGAUCUGGGAGCCCGCAGACCCUGCCACCGGCCUCAUCCUCAACCCGACACCCAUCUUCACCUUCCCAGAGCAGGCCAGUUGCAGAGGGCGAGGGCACGAGUGUGUGCAGGAGCCUGGGCAGCGGGAUACUAGCCUGAGCGGCAUUUUGGCGCUCUGCGGUGUGCCGGAUGCGCAGAACCGCUGCGUGCUGAUGGCCAGCUACAAUGGCGAGCGCUGCAUACGGAUGUGGGAGCUGCCCAGCUUUGAGGCGCGGGGCACGCUGGGUGAUGUGAACAACGCGCGUGCCAUGGCAGGGUCGGCCACGGCGCAGCUGGUGUUUUCGGGCGAUGAGCAUGGGCGAGUCAAGUGGGGACACGACAAAAUGGCGAGCUGGAACUAA